CUCAUUAACUCGUAGUAUACGUAUGUAUCUAUACACAUACAUGUAAAUAUAUGUACCAUAUAAUUUACCUUUGCUUGUGCUUAUAGUACUACCCAGAAUGCAACUGAGCUGCUGAGUGACAUCACUGGAGGCAGUUUAUCAGCUCCUGUAGUCGCUCCAGUCUCCAGUAAACAGCAGUCAUGGCGACAGUGGUCCAACCGCUCUCUCUGGAUCGAGAUGUUGCCAGGGCCAUCGAGCUGCUGGAGAAGCUGCAGGAGUCGGGUGACGUCCCCGGCCACAAGCUCCAGUCCCUGAAGAAGGUCCUUCAGAGCGAGUUCUGCACGGCCAUCAGAGAGGUGUACCAGUACAUGCACGAAACGAUCACAGUGAACGGCUGUCCGGAGUACCAGGCGAGGGCCACCGCCAAGGCCACAGUCGCAGCCUUCGCAGCCAGCGAAGGCCACUCCCACCCGCGGGUGGUGGAGCUCCCUAAGACGGAGGAAGGGCUGGGCUUCAACGUGAUGGGCGGCAAGGAGCAGAACUCGCCCAUUUACAUCUCCCGCAUCAUCCCCGGAGGCGUGGCCGAGCGGCACGGCGGCCUGAAGCGAGGGGACCAGCUGCUGUCCGUCAAUGGCGUGAGCGUGGAAGGCGAGCACCACGAGAAAGCGGUGGAGUUGCUGAAGGCGGCCAAGGACAGCGUGAAGCUGGUGGUCCGCUACACCCCCAAAGUGCUGGAGGAGAUGGAGGCCCGCUUCGAGAAGCUCCGCACGGCCCGGCGGCGCCAGCAGCAGCAGCUCCUCAUGCAGCAGCAGCAGCAGCAGAACCUGACCUCUCAGCAGAACCACAUGUCGUUGUUCCAAAAGAAGAAGAAGUGAGAAGGCGAGCUGAAGAAGAUGAAGGUGGAUCUGACCGGUCCACGUGUUUUUGCAUCGAGGAUUCCACCUCCCCCCCACCGAAAAAAAGGAAUCUCUCUCUCUCCGUCGUGGAGGAAAACCAACAAGUAGAGGACAAUUUUAACUCGCUCUGUCCCUUCCAAGCGUACCAACGAUCAACGAUUACUGAGCAAAAAAACAGAGAGCGAGAGAGAGAGAGAGAGAGGAAGAUGGAGAGCCGUCCUGUCCUGAAUCUGGUGCUUUGAAAAAAAACAGGAACGAGGGAGGGAGGGAGGGGGGGAGCGCCGAGCGUCGUCCAUUUUAACUUUGUAUCUCCCUUUUUUCUAAGUUGUUCUUCUCCCCGGUUGUGACUCUUUCUGGAACUCCCUUUUUUUCUUGUGUUAGUUGUUUUUUGUUUUUUUUUUCUUUUUCGUUCACGAUUGCUUCCCGACAUCCAUCCAUCGCACCGUGGCGCCCUCUGCCGACUUUCUUCUGCCAUAGAUAUCAUUUGUACAGUGGUGUUUCUAUCGAUUCCUCAACUGGUGCUUGUGUCUCCGUACGAAUGACCGUCGUUUUUUUUUUUGUUUGUUUGUUUGUUUUGGUUUUUUGUUUCUUCUUUUCUUUUUUCGUGUCCUGUUUUGGAUAAGCGUGAACUCUUUUUUACCUUCUAUAUUGUAGCAGGAAAAGAUUUUGUAUCUUCUUGUAGGUUUAGCAAUAACACACACGCCCUUCAGUUUUUUUCACAUCUCACCAACAAAAGGCAUCGAUCGGACACGUACGUAUAUAUACAGAGUUUUAUGGCAAAUGUAAAUCAUCGUAUGAACUGUAAGGCAGCUUCUUUGUCCCCAGAAAUAAUCCAUCUUCUGUGCCAUUUAAAGAGAUUAUUGAUUUAACGAUGGCAUCAACAAUUAAUGUGCAAUAACAGCGAUGAUUAACAGACGUUGAGGACCGCUCCACGAUGAGAUUUAUCCUGAAAAUAUAUGUUACUAAGAGAAUUUAACGAAAUCCGUCCUCAGAGGUGAGGAAACAGAAUGUCACCAGUUCAGAAUUGAACAGAAUUAAAUCCAAAAUAUUCUAUAGUUAUGUUUAUUUUUCAGACUUCUAUUUUAAAAGAGAUUUAACGUAAAGUUUUAUUCUUCCUUUUUAAAUAUUAUUAUUUAAAGUCUAGCUGAGUAUUCGCACAUAGUUUAUGUAGAUCUGCUCCCUGAGUUGGACAGUCAUCUUUUCUCUGUACCUGUGAAGGGAAAUCUGUUUAAAACUUCACUCUUUACUUUUUAAUUGUCUCCAUUUUUGGUGCCAAGCGCUCCUUGUUUUGUUUUGUUUUGUUUUGUUUAGUUUGUUCUGCACUUCCCGGUACAGAAGCCCUGAGGGGAAGUUUUAUGAGUCUGAGCUAAAUUGUUUUCUCUCCUGUGUUUAUGACUUGAGAAGCGGAGAAUACGAAGUUUCUGCCAAAAUGUUUUUUUUCCUUUUCUUUCAUGUAUUUUGUGUGAAACCAUUGGAUUAUUUCCUGUUCUUUUUUUCCAGGAUUUUUUUUUCUUUUUUUCUUAUUUCUUUCUUCCAGUGAAAAAAAAAACUCCAUGAAAUCCCCCCAAAAUUUUUUAAAAAUUGCAUUCACUUUUUCCCCCCAAAAAAUCACUUCAUUUUUGUUUUUCUUCUUCUUUUUUAUUGUCUCAUCACUUGAUUCAACACGUGAAAAAGGGUUUUCUUUUUUAUACUUUAAAAAAAAAAAAAUUCUCCUUGUGUGCUUUGUGUUACCAAGAAGGGUUUUUUUUUUCUCUGAAAGAUCUUUUUCAUUUAUUCAUUUAUUUUUUUUGGUCUGUUGAAAAAGAUUGUGUGAGAAAAGUGUGAAACCAAUUGGAAAGUUUGUUUUAGCAGAAGGACAAAUAUUUUAAUGCUCCUGAGAGACAAUUUUUUUUGUAAUUUUUUUCCCACAACAUUUUUUCUUGAUUUUAUUCUAAUUUCUUAAUUUUUUCUGUUUUUUUUUUUGUUUUUUGUUUUUUAAAUAGCAUGAUUUUUUUUCACAGUUAAAAAAAUGUUCUCCCGUUCUCGAGUCAUAAACCAGAAGAGAGCAAACCAUUUAGAUCCGUCUCAUAAAAUCGACCACCAGAGUAAAAUCAGACCCGCCCGCCUCUCAGGGAUUCUGCACCCCAGAGAUCCCGUCUCUGUUGGUCUUUGUGUCUUGUGUUCUCUUUCAUUUUCUCUAGGUGGCGCUCUUUUCUUUGUUGGUUAAACCCUUGCAGACUUUACCAUUUUCUUCUUCUGUUGAACCCAAACAAAUCCCUGAAACAUAAAACCCGUCACUUCCUGUAUGUCAGAGAAUUUGUUUCCCCAGGAGAGACCAUCCAGAGACUGCAUGUUUCCAGCUGUCAUGAAGUUUAGAAAAAUGUUGCAGAUUGUUGAUUUAGAAAUUGCGUUUUGGAUUUACUGACAGAAAGAGAGAAUUUCUUUUCCACCUUUAACCCUUUCUGAUCUACAUCACAUCUUAAUGCACAAAGUCCACGGCAGAGCAAAAUUCCCUCUGAGUGCAUAAAACGUGCCAUGCUGCCAUUUUCCUAAACGACCUGUUCGCACCUGAGGCCGCUCGAUGCCGACGCACGAGGUCGCCUCCGUGCUCGGGUCUGACAGAAUAUUCAAAGGUUUUUUGAAUCCCUCGCUCCUCCUCAGAACAUCUCGACACAACAGAUCCCUUUUUGUAUCUUUAAAUCACAGGUACUCUUUCUUAAUUGACUUACAUUUUUGAAGCUGAUGGUCCCGUACUUACCGUGAAGAUUACACACAAAAAAAAAAGACAACAAACUGUUGAUAUGCAAUUGUAAUACAUAUUAUAUUUGUAUAAAUAAAUCUAUGUGCUUGUGUACAGUGAA